AUGGACUUAUCCGCACCAACAGCCAUGAAACGUAAAUUUAUCAAAAGAAGGAAAUACCGGAAGCUCUCUAAACACUAUCUUUCUAGUGAAAAUGCCGUAGUGAACCUUUCUUCUAUACCACUCACUCCGGACGAACUCUCAUUUUUUUCUAAAGGUCCGUCUUUCUGUCCCACACCAAAGCCACCUAACCCUAUAGCUACCCGCACGGAUACCUUAUUAUUCUUCAGACGCCUCAGACUCAAAAUCUUCUUCCAUGGCCGCGAUACUUUACCACAUAACCCUUUCCGACCCACUUUUGGCUGGACAACCCGGCCAGGUUUGGAUGCAAACUUGGAUUCAUUUAUAAAUGUAACCAACUACAUGAUUAAAACCUCUAAUCCACCUGAACCUACCAGAGUAAACGUGAACAAGAUGGAACGUCUUGCAUUGAAAAACCGCCAACAACGUGAUGAUCUUGUUAUCAAACCUGCAUACAAGGGAGGCGCUAUCGUGUUUAUGAACAAAACCGAUUACAUCAAUGAAGCGUUACGCCAACUCAACAAUCCUGAACACUACUUACUCUUACCAGCCAACAGAACCAAUCAGAUUAUAUCUGAAAUCAAUCAGUUCAUCCAGAACCACAGAAGCAAACUGCCUCCUGACAUAGCCAAAUACAAUGUUAUUAAACAGGCCAGGACACCAUUGUUCUAUCUUCUACCCGAAAUACAUAAACCCGGCAAUCCAGGCCGACCCAUUGUCUCCGCCUCUGGAGGACCUACCGAAAAAUUAUCAGCCACGGUAGAUCACUUCCUCAAACCCUUAGCACAAAAUGUGGAUUCUAACCUCCAAGACACUGGCCACUUCCUUAGGAAAAUUAACAAUUUAGGACGGAUCCCACAGUCCAGCAUACUUGUAACAGCUGAUGUAUCUGCUCUCCACACGUCAAUACCUCACCAUGACAGUAUCUUAGCAGCCAAAAAAGCUCAAGAUUCUAGAGUAGACAAAUCUACUCCGACUAGGAUACUAUUGAGGUUCCUAAAUUUCAUACUUACCUGUAACUGUUUCGAAUUCAACAACCAGCACUACCUUCAGAUUCAAGGUACCAGUAUUGGGAUCAUUUGCGCUCCGAACUAUGCUAUCUUAUUUAUGGAUCAUUUAGAAACGGCCUUUCUGCAAUCCCAAUCCCUCUCCCCUCUCGUGUGGUCGCGUUACAUUGAUGAUAUUUUCUUUAUCUGGACCCACGGUAGCGAGUCACUAGACUCCUUUUAG